AGGAGGCGGCGGCGGCGGCGGGGCCAUGCCGUGGCUGAGCGGGGGGCGGCGGAGGAGGAGGCAGCAGCAGGCGCAGCAGCAGCCCCCGGCUCAGCCCCAGCAGCAGCAGCAGCAGCCCCAGGCCGGCAUGGGACAGGCAGGCGGCGGGCAGGCACUCUCGGCGGGGGCCGGAGGGGCCGGAGGCGGAGGAGGAGGCGUCGGCGCUGGGCCUCGCGGCCGGGAGAGCUCGGAGCUGCCUUUGCCCGCCGGCUGGGAGGAGGCCCGCGACUACGACGGGCGCGUCUUCUACAUCGACCACAACACUCGGCAGACGUCGUGGAUCGACCCCCGGGACAGGAUUACGAAGCCAUUAACUUUUGCUGACUGUGUUGGCGAUGAACUGCCUUUAGGAUGGGAGACCGUUUACGAUCAACAUAUUGGUGUUUAUUACAUGGACCAUAUCAAUCAGCUCACACAAAUUGAAGAUCCAAGAGAGCAGUGGAGAAGAGAGCAGGAGCGCAUGUUAAAGGAAUAUUUGAUUGUUGCCCAAGAAGCACUUAAUGCCAAAAAGGAAAUUUACCAAAUCAAGCAGCAGCGUUUUGAGCUGGCACAAGAAGAAUACCAGCAACUGCAUAAAAUGUGUGAGGAUGACAGCCGCUCUUACGCCAGCUCAUUUUCGGGAUUUUCGACCAAUACCAAAUAUGAUCCAUGUCAGAUCAAAGCGGAAAUAGCAAGUCGAAGGGACAGACUUUCUAGGUUAAAACGAGAGUUGACACAGAUGAAGCAAGAACUUCAGUACAAAGAGAAAGGAGUAGAGACGUUGCAAGAGAUUGACCGUAAGAUAUCAAAUGCUCACAUGAAUUAUAAAUUGGAUGAAGCCCAAGCAAUAAUGAAUGAGCUUCGAAGCAUCAGGAAGGCUAUCUGUAUGGGUGAAAGAGAAAGGCAAGAUCUAAUGCAGAGUCUGGUCAAACUGACAGAUGGAUUCCGGAAUAGCUGCUGUAUCACACAAUCUCAGCAGGAUCUUCAGCGUAAUUCCAGCUCACUCAGUAACUCCAGUUUACCUCAACAACACUGUGAUGCCUGUUCUCAGACUGACAUCAUUGGAGAGGAGUGGACAAAUUUCUCCAGUAUGUUUGGAUUUGAUGAUAAAACAAGACAUGCUGACAGAAUAAAAUUGAGCUGGCAGUAUGAAGAAGCCAAAAAAAGGGUUUUUAGUAUUCAGCAGCAGCUGGCUCUACAGGAUCAUGAAUCUUGGCCAGGAAUGGUGGAGGCAGACAGGGACCGUCUUCAGCUCAUCAAGGAGAAAGAAGCCCUCUUGCAGGAUCUGCAGUUGAUAAGUCAACAACAGAAACUACCAGAAGACAUUGAACGUUUAGAGGAAGAUAAACGGCGCUUGGAGAAUGAGAUCCAGCAGGCACGAGCCACUUCUUCUCAUGGUGCUGCUGAAAGGCUAUUGUUACAAGAGAAAAAGAAUUGUUUAUUCAUGCAGUUGGAAGAAGCAACUCGUUUAACAUCUUAUUUAUACUCCCAGUUGAAAAGCUUGUCUGCCAGUACCUUGACAAUAUCCUCUGGCAGCAGUCGGGGAUCACUGGCAUCCAGCCGCGGCUCGUUGGCAUCCAGUAGGGGUUCUCUUAGUUCUGUUAGUUUUACAGACAUCUAUGGUCUUCCUCAAUAUGAAAAACCAGACAGUGUGACAGAAUAUGGGCAACAUUUGCGCUAUGAUCCAGUGCCAGUUGACACCUAUAGCAAAGAUCUUCAUUAUCUUGAAUCUGUUGGACCUUCAGGUAGCAGUAAACAAAGAAGAUCUUUGGAUACACCACUGUCCUUGGCAUCUCUGUCGUCACGAUCUUCUUUGUCCUCAUUAUCUCCUCCGAGUUCACCCCUGGACACUCCCUACCUACCUGCUUCUAGGGAUUCUCCUCUGGCCCAGAGGUCAGAAGGAUAUGAAGAAAUAAUGGGCACUGGUGCCUUAGAAGUUCUCCGGGCUCAGGUCUCUACUUUGGGUGAAGAUAAAGCACAGGAAACUGUUUCAUCGAAAGCUCUGGAAUAUUCUACAGGCAGAGAAGGACCACGGGAAGCAGGGGUCCAGCUAACAAAUAUUCCAACUUCAGGAGCUGUGACCCUACGUGAAGACAGUGCUAGAAGGUCGGAGAGGAGAGCCAGGCGAGUCUCAGCAUGUCUGUCCAAUUAUUCACUGGCUAGUGACAGUGGCGUGUUUGAAGCUUUAACCAAAAGGAAUGAGGAUGUGGAAGAAUCACUUUAUAGUGAUACUGUCAGCUGCGAAGAACCAAAAAUGCAAGUUGGAUUCCUGCAUGACAGUGGAAGUGAAUGUCUCCUGGUCCAUGUGUUGCAGCUAAAGAAUUUUUCUGGUUUUCCUAUGAAAGAGGGCUGUAAAAUACAUGUGAGGAUAUACUUACCAUCUCUUGAUUCAAGUACAUCAACCACCUACUGCUCCAGAGCUUUGGAAUUCAAAACUCCUUUAAUAUUUAACGAAGUCUUCCAGAUCCCUGUUCAUUCAAAUAUCUUGAAAUUAAAAUCCUUGCAGCUUUAUAUCUGUUCAAUUGGCCAGCAGCAACAAGAAGAAUUGUUGGGAAUUGCUCAAAUUAGCCUAGCUGAUUAUGAAAGUUGUGGUGAGCUGCAACUUCAUUGGUACCCUGUCCAGCUCUUCACUGGUUCAGAUCAUGAUCAGAAAAAAGAGAAACUGAAAUCUGAAGAAAGCAUUUCUCAGAUUUUUGAAAACAAAAGUACAGUGAAAAUGGAUGCUGUGUCUGCCCUUUUAGCGAGGACCACAGCCCAGCUGGAGGCUGUGGAGAGAGAGCUGGCAGAGGAGAGAGUGAAAUUGGAGUACACAGAGGAGGAAAUUCUGGAGAUGGAACAAAAGGAAGAUCAGCUAGAAGCUGUGUCAGAAAGGAGCUGGCAAGCAGAGUCAGUUGACAGUGGAUGCAGUAACUGCAUGCAGACAAGUCCUCACCCAGAAUCCUAUUGUGGUGAAUCACUACAUAGUCAUGCAUUUGCUGCUCAGACCGAUCAAUAUCCCUCUGGAAAAGUCCAGUCUCCACCUCUAAAGGUGGAUAAGGAGACCAACACAGAAGAUUCCUUCCCAGAAGAAGCCAUUUUGCUUCAUGCCAGAACUGGCCGUCGAUCCAGAGGGUCUGCAUUUGUUCGUAGCAGCACUCUUGUUCGCUCACAGACAUUCUCGCCUGGUGCACGAAGUCAGUAUGUCUGCCGUCUGUAUCGUAGUGAUAGUGACAGUUCCACACUUCCAAGAAAGUCACCUUUCAUCCGAAAUACUUUGGAAAGGCGUACGCUGCGAUAUAAGCAGCAAUCAUGUAGAUCAUCUUUGGCUGAUCUUAUGGAAAGGACAUCACUAGACCUGGAGCUGGAUCUUCAGGCUUCCAGAACAAAGCAGAGGCACUUGAAUGAAGAGUUAUCUGUCCUGAGAGAGUUGCGGCAACGACUGGAGGAUGCCCAGCUUACUGGUCAAACUGACCUGCCUCAUUGGGUCCUUCGGGAUGAACGAUUCCGAAAUUUGCUGAAGGAAGCGGAAAGGCAGACAAGACAGACCAAAUUUGAGCAUCGUCAGCAACAAGCAGCUGAAAAAUUGCUUAAAAAAGCAUCCAAAGAAGUCUAUCAGCUGCGUGGACAAAAUCAGAAGGAACCCAUUCAAGUGCAGACCUUCCGGGAGAAGAUGGCAUUCUUUACAAGGCCAAGGAUCAACAUACCUCCUCUGCCAGCUGACGAUGUAUGACAUGUUACUUUAUCAACAUGAAGUAUUUAUCUGCCUCUUUCUUGUUUUAAAAUGAAGUUACUAAACCAGUUAAGUUUAUUUUUUAAAAUCUUUGUGUAAAAACUAUUAAUAUUCUCAUUUUGUAAAAAAACGUUUAAAAUAAACAAAAACAUAUAAAUAUAUACAUAUAUAUAUUUUAUAAUGGUGACUACAGCAAGGCUUGGUUUUUCCUUGUUGUGAAACUGAUGUCGCUGAAGACGACUUAUUUUAUAUUAAAGAAAAAAAAUCAACUAUCCUAUUAGAGUGUGUACAGUUUUUAUGCGGUAUUAUUUGACUUAAAAGGCUGGAAGACAGAAACAAAGUGAGUUCAGGUAAAUUCACUGUAUUCUAAUUUAUUUAUAGUAACUAAUUUUCCUUGAAGGAAAAUCUUUACUUUUAAGAUGUAUUUUAAAAGACAUACAUUUUGUUACGCAGUAUUUGUCAUACAGUAGAAUGAAACCAUUGAGCUGGUUUUGUUUCUGAUAGCUGAAGUGAAAAUAGUAUCUUCUAAAGUUGUUGUUUUUGAAAUCAGCAUUACUGUCUGCCUCUUAUAAUGUAACAAGUAUUUUGGCACUGCCUUGAUAUCACCCCUGCAAUGUUUUGUUUUGUUUUAAAAAGUGCCAUUAAGAUGCAAUGAAACAUCGCAGGGAAAAACUGCUUGUUUGUAGCUGUGCACUAAUAGAUUUAUCUCAUUUCAGUUUUGUCAAAUAUGUCUUUUAUAAUUUUAAAUAGCUUUUCUGUUUAACGAGGGAAGGAAGAAGGUGACAGGUUUCGCUUUAGCUAUUGUUUUAGAGAAAGUGCUUAUGAGUUAACUGAACUAAUAAUAUUUAUCAGUUUGACUAGUGACAUGCUCCAGAAAUUGGGUCAGAAAUCACCAGUUAUCAUAUCAUGAUGAUUUUUUCAGUAUCCUCAUAUGUUUUGCAUUCCAAAUUUCAUUACCUUUAAUGAACUAUAUCUGUAUGGAGGAAAAAAAUAACCCACUAAAAUCAUACCCCAUCUGGUGCUUGAUCCUAAGGCCAAGCAUACUGAAUCAUGUCUCAUAUGUAGAGUAGAUGCCAUAGUUUCAGUGGGUCCAUUAACAAGUAGCAAGUUCUUUUGAGGGAAUUCAACCCUUUGUGGUGAUUCAACCAAAGCUUUUAUUACUGCAGAAAUACAGUGAUCCAAAUUUAGCAUCAGUCUGAAAUUUCUCCAGUUACUGAGCCAUUAGCACAAUGGUUCUCAACCUGUGGGUCUCCAGGUGUUUUGGUCAACAACUCCCAGAAAUGCCAGCCAGUUUACCAGCAGUUAGGAUUUCUGGGAAUUGAAGGCCAAAACAUCUGGGGACCCACAGGGUGAGAACCACUGCAGUAGCAGAUAUCACCUCUGCAGAUUUUAUUUUGUUUCCAUUGCUUUGCAGAAAGACUACAGACUGUGUGUGUUUUUUUUUAAAAUAAACAAAAAUAAAACCAGAGUUUUCCAGGAUUCCUCAUCUGCCACAAUGCAAAAUUCAACUAUACGGAAUAUUUUAAAUGUUCCUCAAAAUGCUUCAGUCUAGGCAGUGGUACAUUCUUUAGUUUUUCAGAUAAAUCAUGUCACAGCAAACCCUAAACUCCCAAGUUCUGGCAGCCUCUUCUGGCCUUGCAUUUUGUGCAUAAUUCUAAAUGCAUUUCCUCUUGCCACUGCUAAAACUUUGAACUAUUGAAUUAGGAUAUCCUUUGUCAUGGAACAGAGACACUGUUACCAUUAAAAGGUUUACAAUUAAGAUAGGAGUAAGACAGAACUGUGUGGUGAAACAGUUAAAAGAGAUGGAUUCUUUAGUUGGAUUCCCUAGCUUUAGAAGAAAUCUGUUUGAGUAUAAAUCAACCUGUUGCUUUUGUUAGAUUUCAACUGUCACCUUAAAUUCCCGAGAGUGCCACUUUUUGUGUCUUUGAAAUAUAUGAUAAUAUUCUGUGUUAUGUUAUUAUAUUCAGCUUCAGUUACCCAAAGAUUUAUGUCCUACCAAAAGUGAAACUACCUUUCAGGAGCAUCAAUAAGAACACAACAUUUUUAAAAUAUAGGACACUUAGGUCACAUUUUGAUUUAAUUUAAAUAUGAAAUAGUGCCUUAGAGAGGCCCAAUACCAAAGAAAGUGGUUGUUAAGCUGGAAACCAAUCAACAUCCCCCUGCAAUUUACAGAAUUCGAGUAUUGUGUUAAGAUCAUGAGAACCUAUCCAUUACAUUGUUUUCCACGGUCUGUGUUUUGGAGUACUGUUUGUAAACCUUACAUAGUAUGGAUAGUUAAAUCUAGAACAAAGACGCACAGUGCAGUCCUAGCUAUGUCUAUUCAGAAGUAAGAUCACUGAAUUCAGUGCAUUUGAUUAACUAUCAUAUGCAUAGGAUUGCAGCCAAAAGCCAUCAAAUCAACAUGAAUUGUGUAGGGUCACACUUGCUGUAUGUUGUAACAGAAGUGAGAAUGUUUGUCAUUAUCGUCACGGACUGCUCUGUAGAAUUUUGACGUAUAAGAAGACUGAGAAUGUGUUUCUUGUCAAGAAAAAGGAUCACAGAAAUGCAGAAGGAAGAAAGAGCUGGAAGUGCAAUGGGAGCCAAAAAGAAAAAUGGUGGUCACCCAGUUACAGUUAUUCUCAUGUUAUUUGCAUGCAUGGUUGUAAUUUAAAGUAUUUAUCAAAAAGUGAACAAGAGUCAGAUUUGUGUUUGUUGUGGCCUGUUAUAUUCCAAAAUGGGGUCCGUUUCAGGAACAAUUCAGCAAGUUCAGCACACUUGGAGAAGUAGUAGAUCUUCCCUGUAUGUUUUGUUUCAGUCUAAAGAACGAUCCUUUUUAUGCAGAGCACUUUCAAUCAUCUGUAGCAUAUACUAAUUGUGAUAAAGGGCAGUCAGUAUAAACAAUGUUCUGACAAAUUAGGAUCAGUUUCUGAUUGUGAAGUCCAGCAGCGUAGGGCUCCUUGAGAAGACAAUGUGUCUUGGUUUGUACUGGUAGCAAGUCUGUGUUGUGUGGUCACAGUAUUUAAGCAAGGUAAAAAACUGUCGAAUGAGUACUAUUUUAGUGUGUCAAAAAGUAAUAUACUUUACUCCUCAGUAUUCAUUUCUUGUGUUUGUCAAAGUUUCUAAACAAUUGUGUCAUUUGUAUUUGAAAAGUAUUCUGCAAAAUAAUCAAAUAAAUAAAAACUUGGCAUAAU